CGGGGGGGACGGGACGGGACGGGGAGGAGCGGGCGGCUCAGUCAGAGAGUUCUUUAAAGAUGGCCGGAGCGGCGGCCGCCGCCGCGACCCCCGUGUACUGCGUGUGCCGCGAGCCCUACGACGUGAGCCGCUUCAUGAUCGAGUGCGACAUCUGCAAGGACUGGUUCCACGGCAGCUGCGUUGGGGUAGAGGAGCACCAUGCUGUUGACAUUGAUCUAUACCAUUGUCCCAACUGUGCAAUUCUCCAUGGACCUUCUCAAAUGAAGAAGAGGAGAAACUGGCACAGACAUGACUACACGGAGCCGGAUGACGGUUCCAGACCGGUGCAGGCUGGAACUCGGACCUUCGUUAAACAGCUGCGGGCGCGCUCUUUCCCAAGUGCUGAUGAAGUAAUUUUGAAAAUGCAUGGAAGCCAGUUGACACAAAGAUACCUGGAGAAACAUGGGUUUGAUGUUCCCAUUAUGGUUCCUAAGUUAGAUGGUCUGGGACUCAGACUUCCUCCACCAACUUUCUCUGUUUUAGAUGUGGAACGCUAUGUAGGUGGUGACAAAGUGAUAGAUGUCAUAGAUGUAGCAAGACAAGCAGACAGCAAAAUGAAGCUCCAUAAUUAUAUUAAAUACUUCACAAAUCCUGACCGACCCAAAGUAUUGAAUGUGAUCAGCCUGGAAUUCUCAGACACAAAGAUGUCUGAAUUAGUGGAAGUACCAGAUAUUGCCAGAAAGCUUUCGUGGGUGGAAAAUUAUUGGCCGGAUGAUUCUGUCUUCCCUAAGCCUUUUGUUCAGAAGUAUUGCUUGAUGGGUGUCCAGGACAGCUAUACUGAUUUUCAUAUCGAUUUUGGAGGAACAUCAGUUUGGUACCAUGUUCUCUGGGGUGAGAAGAUAUUCUAUUUGAUCAAGCCCACUGAUGAAAAUUUGGCUCUUUAUGAGUCUUGGAGUUCAUCUGUCACCCAGAGUGAAGUAUAUUUUGGGGACAAGGUUGACAAGUGUUACAAAUGUGUUGUGAAGCAAGGACACACUUUAUUUGUUCCAACAGGCUGGAUUCACGCUGUGCUCACAUCUCAGGAUUGUAUGGCUUUUGGAGGAAACUUUUUGCACAACCUCAACAUUGGCAUGCAGCUCAGGUGUUAUGAAAUGGAGAAGAGGCUAAAAACCCCAGAUCUUUUCAAAUUUCCUUUCUUUGAAGCCAUCUGUUGGUUUGUGGCCAAAAACUUACUGGAAACAUUGAAAGAACUGAGGGAAGAUGGUUUCCAGCCUCCAAGCUAUUUAGUGCAAGGAGUGAAGGCUUUACUUACUGCUUUAAAAUUAUGGAUGAAAAAAGAACUUGUAACAGAACAUGCCUUUGAAAUUCCAGACAACAUUAGGCCUGGGCAUCUCAUCAAAGAGCUUUCUAAAGUGAUUCGUUCUGUAGAGGAGGAAAACAGCAAACUAGUUAAAACUCAGGGAAUUCUUGGUGUGUCUCCAACGUCACGAUCUUCACAUGAAACAGCUUCCCCUCACCACUCCAGACGAAGGGUGAGGAAGCUGCGAGACCACGCUACCAAAACUCCUUCUAAUCUGGACAUCCUGGAACUCCACACUAGGGAGGUACUGAAAAGGCUGGAGAUGUCACCAUGGGAGGAGGAUACCGCAAGCUCAAAACUGAAUGGGAGAUUUAACAAGCCCUUUCAGCCGUCUUCUACAGUACCUGAGUGGCGAACAAAAGACAAUGAUCUUCGCCUUCUGCUGUCAAAUGGAAGAAUAAUUAGAGAUGAGAGGCGUCCAUUUACAGAUCGAAGUCUUUACACAGCAGAUAGUGAAGAUGAAGACGACAGGACAAGGUCGAAAAAGACGACUGUUAAGGUAGAAGACCAGCCCUCAGGAUGUGAAGGAGAAGGGAAUGCAGAUGCCCAGAAACCACUGAACAUGUUCUUUGAAAGCGUGAAAUCAGAACUCAGGAAUGGAUCCUCAGAGUACUCUGAUAUUUCCGAUUCAGAAGAAUCUGAGCCUGAUUGCACUACACAGCAGAAGGAUUCUUCCACAGAGGAGUCAGAAAGCUCAGGUGAUGAAGAGAAGCAGGAAGUAACAUCAAAUUUCAAAGAGGAAUCUAAGGUCAUGAGAGACCUUUGUCAAAAUACCCAGAAGCCAUCCAGAAAUGAAACUCCCAGUAAAAAGGAAUGUCCUACCUCGACAAGUACAGAAGAAGAAGCUAUUCAGGGCAUGCUUUCUAUGGCAGGAUUGCACUAUACUACAUGUUUACCAGGUCAUACUCAAAGCACAGACUGCACAAAUAAAAGAACCUCCCUUCAGGAACACAGAAGCUACGCCAGGAGUCGGCAUAAAGACAGACAGCCAUCUCAGAGCCACAAAACAGUAGAAUGUGGUAGGUCUGUGAAGGAAGAGGAAAGAGACUUGGGAACUUCAGCAUGGACUAGACACCUAAACGAAGCUUCGAGGAUUACCCCUCAGGAUGCAAAUAAAACUCAAAAAUAUAUCAAGAAAGAGGGUACAUCAGAAGCCAAUUAUAAGGUUCAGGAAAACAGAAGCAUAGUCCACAACAACAGCUUGAGUUUUCAGCAUGGCAAAUACUCACGAGACUCCAGUCUAAUUCAAGGAGAAUGUCAGCUGAGUGAUGGCAGCCUUAGCCCUGACAGGCCGUAUGGUGAAACAUCCUUUUCUGUACCACUUCAUCCAACAAAGAGGCCAGCAUCAAACCCACCCCCUAUCAGCAACCAGGCAACAAAAGGCAAACGUCCAAAGAAAGGAAUGGCAACUGCUAAACAGCGCCUUGGGAAGAUCUUGAAGCUGAACCGGAAUGGCCAUGCACGCUUCUUUGUUUAAUGUAGCUGCUACUUCUACUACUGCUGUCUUUCCUACACAGACCAGUAUUGAGGUCGACAGAGCCUGGAGCUGCUGUUACUCCUCUGCUUGAAGCAGACUUGCAUGUACCAUCUAAAACACUGCCUGAUGAACAAAAACGAGAAAGAAAAAAAGAAAAAAAAAAAAAAAAGAACACAAACCCAACCCAAUGCUGCAUUUUCACUGUGCCACACCUGCUCAGCAAUAACCAUACGGGAACGGGGAAAUCUUCAGAGAGACAUGGACUGUGAGAAAUAGUCUCUCAUCAGGGCUUGAAUAUCAUUUGUUGCUGGUAGUUUCUGACCUAAUUAAUGAGGGGAAGAUGAUGAAGGUGGUUUAUCAAUAAUUUAUUUCUGAUAGAUUUUCACAACUUUUAAAUUCAUUUAAAAAACCUAUUUAUUUGGAAGACUUUUUCUGUGGGGGUUAUUAAUUUAGAUUUAAUAAUGUGAAAGUUUUAAAUUGUUUUGAUAAUGUGUGUUUGAUGCAGUGGAGAGCCACAUUAAUUGUGAUUAGUCUGGACUCCUAAAUUUGAUAUUCAGGUUAUAGUCUUAAAUAGGGGUGAGAUGCAUUAUUAAUUAUUUUUUAAAUUAAGGCAUAUGGAAUCUUAUUUUUUUUUCCUGCUUUUUGUAAGCUAUUGGCUGGGCUUCUGUUGACUUGCAAGUUGCAUAUUCUCUACAAGCUUGUUUAUUUUUUGACCUGUCCUCUUUAUUAUCAGAUUUAUUUAUUUAAUGGACUAGAAGAGACUCCUAAAGACAGAAGAAUCUUCUUAUGUCAGUCCAGUAGCUAGCUUGUUUUAAACUGCACCUCUUUCCUCCAAAUUUGAGUGCAUACUUUUCCUCCUGAUGAUCUGUCUGUGAUGAUUUUCUUCUGUGAAAAAGGUGCCUGAAAUUGUAUUUGUACAAGUUAUUUAAGAGUUGGUACAAAGGAGGAAAAGCCAAUAUAUCUUUUUGGAGGAACGGGGACAUCAGUUAGGAUAAAUGGUUCUUCAGAACAGUUACUCUGAAAUAACUCAUAAGAUAUACGUUGCAGUCAUAAGAUUUGGCAUAUUACUAAAUGUAGCAUGGAAGAAGCAUUAAAAUGUUAUUAUUGUACUUUAAACACAUUUUACUGAAGAGUCAGGAAAGCAGGAGAAUGUGUGUUGCUUUCAAAGCUGGGUGAGACAGCCAAUUAAAAGUCUUAACUGGUGCAUAUAUAAGCAUUUAAGUAGCUUACUGGUAUCAGAAUGAUCAUUUGUGUCAGGCUUCUUACAGAGCUGAUAACAAAUGCCAUUUCUGAAUUAUUGUAAAUAAUUUUGAUUUAAAAUUUGUAUUUUUCUGUAAUAUAAAAUUAAAUAUUUAACUUUUGAGGGACGGGGAUGAAGGGGAAUACCUUUACUUGAUUCUGGAAAAAGGGCAUUUUGCAGGGUCCAGCCAAAAUGUAAAUAUUAAUAUGCUAAUGACAACAAUGUUGUUGGUUGGUUAGGGUUUUUUUUUGGUUACUAAGAGUAAAAAUGCUCCUGUGCCACUGUCUAAGUCAUGAAAUUGAUUUAACUUUUCACACUAGUUUUUCCUUCCUCCAUAUUCUAUACUGGAAUAAUUUUCUCUUGUUGUAGUUUAAAAAGCAAACUCAGUUUUACUUUCCAGAGUAUUUGUGUGGAGUUAUUUUUAUUUAGGCUAGAUUAUGAAUGCCUGUAGAAAUUUAUGAAAAUAGUUCUAAUGUCAGGUGUUUUUAAUUGUUGCAGGAUCAAAACCAGUUAGCACUAUCCUUUUUUCUAAAUGGAGAAGCAUCAAAAUAUAAUGCAGUUGCAAGUAAGUCAGGUAGCUUUCAUAGCUUUAUUUUGUCUGGAGCUUGAAAAUUAUAGUUUAGAAGUGUUUUUUGCAGACCAACUUUUACAUUAUAUUGACUUGACUUGUUUUGUGACUUGUAUGGGCGUCUUUUUUUUUUGUUUGCUAAUUAACGUUUCACAAAAGCAUGUUUUCAGUCUUUUAAAUUUUUUUAUUCUUUUUUUAAUUUAAAACAAGUUAUCAACCUCUAUAAUAUUGGGAAUGGAGGUAACAAAGGAUUUCUAAGAAGUAGAAGAUAAGCUAAGAGGUACUCUAAGGGUGCUGAAAAUUACUAUAUGGAGUUGGUGUUCUCAGGUGCUAUGAUUUUCAGAUGGAAAUAGUUAAAAGAGAAUAUUUUAACUAUCUUCUAAUAUGUUCUCACCAAAGUCAGUCAAAGAAAGAAGCUGUGUUGUCAAUAUUAGUUAAAAUUAUAUACCCAUAUAAAUUUUCUCUAUGUUUAAACUUGAGCAAAUGCCUGCCAGGCUUUGGAAACUGUUUUAGCUUUAGCAUAUUGAACCAAACUGUUUCCCUCCUGCUAGCUGAAUAAUUUCUAAUAAUAGAAAAUUCCAGUUUAGGGCAGCAAUCAGAUCCAAAGUGGAAUGAAGAAUGAGUUCUCUCUCCUUAAAGGCAGAUUUUUAUCUGAAGUAAAAGUAUGCCAGAAUAGAAUCUGGAGUAAGGAAUUUUAAAAUACUGAGUAUAGGUUCUUGUACAUGUGACUGGCUUAUACAAAGUCUCUUUUUUGACCAUCCACAUUAUUUAUCUGUACCUUACUGUUGGAACAUAGAUAUGGCUGGACCCAUAUAUAUUAUUUCUUCUUGGUUUUAUUCUUUCUUUUACUCUACUUUCUACCUUUUUUUUUCUGAGUGGCUCUCCACUGUCAUGAAUUUAUGUAAUAGUCUAUUCAGAGGCUGUCAACAGGCAGAGGUUCAUUCGCAUUUUCUUCAGAUAAUCUAUGCUUCCAGCAGAAGUUAAAUCUGAUGUUCCACCUCAGAACAAGUAAUUUAAGAGAAAUUGCCAUGAUGAGCAGUAUUAAAAAAAAGAAAAAAAAAAGAAGAAAAACAACAAACGGGGGGGGGAAAGAAGUCUCCUGGUAGCUUAUGAAGAGGAUGUGGUAACCUCACUUGUUUUGUGUACUUGUAUGUAGAGAUAUUUUUAUUGUAUUCUAGAUGAAAUCACUGCUGCACCAAUCUUUCUGUAGAUGGACUGAACCUUGUGUUGUUAUAGUGGAGACAAAUACCCCAGUUUUCUUCCUUGCUGUCUCACUUGGGGUAGAAGAAGGAGGGAGUAGGGAACACUGACUGGAUGACAGAGAAUCAAGCCAGCUGUGGUAGUUCGUUUUCAAGGAUAAUCUUUUUUGAAAAGUCAGGGAACUUGAAUUUGGCAUAAAUUUUUUUUUUUUUUGUAGACAGAACAAUUGAAAAUGAAAUACUGUGGGGGUUUUCCCAGUCUCUUAAGUUCUCAUGUUCCUGCAAUUGAAAAAAACUCACAAAAACAUGAAAAUGGAAAGACCACCUAGAAACUAUAUCAAAGACUUCCAGCAACUUUCCCUUUUCUUCUCCUACUAUACUUGCUAAUAAACCCUGGCUACAGGGUAGCCUUUGUUGACCUCUGAGGUAGAUUACCUAUGCAACCUGUAAGACUCUACAUUAAUUCAUUCUUAAAGAGAAUUUUAGAAGGGUUAGAUGUUGAGAGUUAAAAUUGUUGUUUUCUGAUCACAUGGGAAGUUUUGGGGGUUUUGAUUUUUAUUUUUUUUGGUGGUUGAAGUGCUUGUGUUACCUUUGGUAGAGAUGUAAGAGAGCACAGUGUCAUUAUCACAUUUUACACGCUUCAGCUUUCCCUGGGCUUUGCUAUAAGGCGUAAGCUACCUUCAUUCACAAGGCCAUUAAGUUGUAAAUGAUGAAAAUUUUUGCAGGAUUUCAAAGCCAGAGCUGAUGAGAAUCUUGCCUACCCCCUUUUUGGUAGUUGUGGAGACUAAGCAGAACUGAAGCUAGAAUGACCCUGUAACUAGUGCCCUAUUUAGGCUCCACAUGCCCACCUAUCCCUUCAUGCUCCCACCAUGACCCCAAAUCUAGUGUCUUUCCAGAGCAUCAUUCAUGUAAUACUUCCAGACCAUUAAAAGCUGUUUAUAGCUCUGGGGUUGAGUGAUCCCAGAGCUAUUCUUUUACAGAAGAAAUACAAAUGGAACCGAGGGCCUUACUAUUUGUCGUUAAACAAGAUUAAAAGCUGCAACAUCCAUUUUUCCAAAAAAAAAACCCCAACAAAAAAUAACCCUCUUUGUGGGAGUGUAUGAGUGAUAAGUCAUGCAGUGGAUGGGAAAUAAAAGUAGCACUGAUAAGGAAAUGCUUGUUCUUCAUAGGCUGCAUUUCUGUUUGGAAAAAAAAAAAAAGACUUUUUCUACUUUUAAUAUAAAUUAAGCCAUAAGAGUUUCAUGCUGUGGGAAGGGAAUGAAAGGGAUAACUUUAAGAGAUUAUAUUGAUAUGUAUUGUCAUUUCUGCUGGGAUAUGUCUAUUGCUGCCAAUGCUUGGGUGAUUUUUUUUUUUAAAUAUGGAAUUUGAAAAAAAAAAAAAAGGGGCUAGUUCUUGGCUAUAUUUACUAGUUUUGUAGUAAUGUUUUGCUGGCCCAUUUGUCUUUUCCUCUCCUUUUUCUACUCUCAUAGUCUAAUUUCUAUCUUUCCUUCUUAAUGUUUCUGAAAAUAUUAGCUUGUCUGCUCAGUAGGGGUCGGUGUAUGUGUGUCUUCCUUUUUACAGAAACGCACUACUGUGUUAAGUAUUUGGCUGGGAAAUGGGAUGCUGCAGCUUUAAGAGCAUUUUUUUCAAUUCAUAACAGUAUUUCCCAUCCUCUUUUGCCUGCAGGCAGGGAAAGUGUAUGUACAGUAUUUAUUUUGUUUUGAUUUUACUUUAAAUUUGUAAGUUUCUAUAAGUAGUUCACAUUGAUUAUUCUAGGGGAAGAUAAGUGGCUUUGUUUAAAUUUGUAUUUGAUAUUCCUAGUUUCCACUUUCUGUACUUUAAAAUACUGAAAUUAAAAAAUUGUAUUGCUUAUGUUUUGAUUUUAGCACUCUAAAGUGUUUAAUUUCUUCAGACUUCUGCUUAUUUGCUUCUGUGUAAAUACAGUAAAAUGUACAGAAUAUCGUGAGGAGAAAAACGCUUUUCUAGGUCCAGUCUCUGUGCCCUUUACUUGUCACAAUUUAAAGAAGAAAUUUUGUGGAUAAAUGUGAGGGAAUAAUCACAUACUGUUUUCUAAAAUUUAUUCGAAGUGCAAAUUUUCAUUUCAAUCCAAGUAUAUUAUAUGGCAACUGAAUGCAUUUUGUGAAAAUGUGUAUAUUCUUUUUGAAUCCUAAUAUAAAAAGGAGGUGGAAGUGUUUGUGAUUCAUCGUAUUAUCAAAUCUAGAUCUAUAAGAAGGGUGUCAAAUGGUAAUUACAUGUUUUUGCUCUUGGUUUUUGUUCAGGUUUGUCUCAUGCUACUGAUGACUGACUCAUAUCUUGAUUUAUUUUUUCUUUUGUUUUUUUUGUUCUUUUUCCUUUAAGUGUGUGCAGUUUCUGGAAGAAGAGCUUUCUCUUUUACACUUUCACGUGCUUAGAUGUACUUGCUUUUAUCCUGGAUGACCUCUCUGCUGAUUUCUCCUGCCACGUCAUCUUCUGGUGUACAGUUGUCCGCGCUCCCUAUUUUGACUCUGUAUGGCAGUGGAGUGUUUGCAUGUGGGUGCUCUACUCGGGGGUAAUGGAAGCAUUACUGUCUCACACUACAGCUUUGUGUAAUGCAUUUUCUUCUGCCCAUAGUGCUCAGUGCUGCUGAACUGCUUCAGUGCUGUGAUGAUGCUUAGAUUCCUGUGGUGGUCAUUUUAUGGGAGCCUGAGAUAAACGGUGCGGCAACGGCAUUGGAAGAACCAGUUGCCAAAAGGUGUUUGAUGGGAGAACCCUGUUCAGCUGUUCAAGUUUCCUUUUUAGCUUGGCUUCUAAUUUAUAGGGAAUUUAAGGCUGACUGUACAGACCAGGAGAUGUGUUCAUUGACCAGGACUGCAUUGUGCCAACUGCUUUACAAAGGACGAGAAUGCUGACUUAAUCAAACCAUGUACUGCUUAAUGAAACAGUUUAAAAAACCCAACAAACUAGAAAGUUUUGUGGCCUAAAGUUUAAAACAUGGUAGUGUUGUAGAGUUUAGGAGCAGAAACUUUUGUUCUUUUUCAAAAACAAAUUUCAUUUGAAUGGAGUAAGAAAUCCUGAGGAAAACUGAUGAAUCAAGUACGGGUGUUGAAGAUGAAAUAUUUAUAUGUCCAGAAAUCUGUUCCCAUUGUAUUUUGACAUGUCUUUACAUCUUUUAAAUUAAUGAAUUAAAACUGAUUUUAAAUUUGGUUAGCCCAAGAUUUGCCAAAGAUCUGAAAGAGCUGUUUGUCUGUCAGAGCAACUAUAUAUUUUGAAAAGAUUUUAAUCACUGUGAUUGAAGAGCAAUGCUACAAACUGUGCAUAUCCAUCAGACAGACUCAUCUGGAUUUUUCAACACUGAACUCACUGCUCAUACUAAUGUUUUGGUCUUAAAGUGAUAGACUU